CCCCAAGGUGACCAGUACAAAUUUGGAUUGUAUCAUAAAAACCACUGUGGUUUGUGAUCGAAGCGAACCACAAGUUAAGAUAGAUUUUACAAACAACAAAAGUUUGAGGUUUUUAGCUAAUAAUUUAACGGUGUUGGAGAUUUUUCAAUAUUUUAAUAAACACUUGGGGCCCUUAAUUAAAAUAGAACAAGAAUCUGCACCCGUUCCCGCUGUUAAAGCUAAGAUCCAAAAGAAAUUAAAAAAGAAAUAAAGAUGGUUAAUAAUGGCAAAUCGAAACAUUACCAUAUUAGAAUUGUUGAGCAUAUUUAUAACAAAAUUCCUUAUUUCACCGAUAUAUUUACAGAAGAAACGUUUUAUAUAACAGUUUUUUGCUUUAUUGCAAUUACUAUUUCAACCGUUUUUAUUUUAUCUCGGUUUGUAACUAUAAAACCUGUAGAAUAAUAAAAUUAAUAAAUUUUUAAA